GUUUAGGAAAAGCGGUAAGCGGCGAUGUUUCUCACUUUCACUUUGUUUUGGUUUUCUUCAUUUCCAUCGCAAAAAAUUUAUGUAAGUUGUCAAAAUCCCAAUAUAUAAAUGUAUGCGAAAAACGUCUGCCCCUGUAUAUUAUUUUUCUUCGAUUCUCAACUGUCACUCCGGGUUCAACUCGCGUGCAUAGAAGUCAGACAAAGCAAGCAAGGAAGAGAGAAUCGGAGGUACAUAACGAAAGGGAGGGAGCAAGUGGGCGAAGCCCCUUUGACAUUAGAGCCCCCAUUUCAGUUUCGAAAAAUUCUCUCCCUUGAUUCUUUCAAUUCAAUUCUUAUUCUUUUCUCUGAUCAUCUGGGCACUCUUGAUCUCCAUCACUAUAGUGUACUCAUUUACUUCUCAGAUCUUCUCUUGUUUGAGUAUCGGGUUCCAGUACCCUGCCUGUUCCUCCCUGAUUCUGCUUCCCGGGAGUGUUUAUUACAGGCGAAGGGUGGGUUUAACAGACUAAGAAAGAGAACAAGUGGUUAAUUGUAUCUGGAUUUUGACGAGAUUGUUGAGGGAAAUCAUGUUGACCUUAGGGGUGUGGUUAUGAAGUAAUAUGGAAGUGAUCAUUACACGCUUAAAAGAAGAAAAAGAGCGAGAAGAAAAAGAACAACAUGUCGCUUUACAUUGGUCGCGAGGCUUCAAAGCUAUGGAAGAGAUUUUGCUCAGAGGCAAGCACGGAGAUCAACCUUCUUGCGGAGAAUUGGAAAUACCUUCUUGCUGGCGUUGCUUUUCAGUACAUACAUGGCCUGGCUGCGCGAGGUGUUCAUUAUUUUCAUAGGCCUGGCCCUAUUCUUCAGGAUGUUGGGUUCUAUAUUCUGCCGGAGCUUGGACAAGAAAAAGCUUACAUUAGCGAAACCCUGUUUACCUUUAUCUUUUUAUCUUUUUUUCUGUGGACGUUUCAUCCUCUGAUUUUGAAGAGCAAAAAGAUCUACACCGUUCUAAUAUGGUGCAGGGUCCUAGCAUUCUUAGUUGCUUGUCAAUGUCUUCGGAUUAUCACGUUUUAUUCUACACAGCUUCCUGGUCCAAACUAUCAUUGCCGCCAGGGUUCAAAGCAUGCCACUCUGCCUCGCCCAGACAGUGUCCUUGAAGUCCUCUUGAUUAAUUUUCCUCGUGGUGUGCUCUAUGGAUGUGGUGAUUUGAUAUUUUCAUCACACAUGAUCUUUAGUUUAGUCUUCGUGCUUACAUAUCAGAAAUAUGGCACGCGGAGGUUUGUCAAGCAAUUAGCAUGGCUUCUUGCUGUGAUUCAGAGCCUUUUGAUUAUAGCAUCUCGUAAACAUUAUACAGUUGAUAUAGUUGUUGCCUGGUAUACUGUUAAUAUGGUCGUCUUUUUUAUUGACAAGAAAUUACCAGAAAUGCCGGACCGUUCCAUUGCAUCAGCCACCAUGCUGCUACCGUUGAGCACUAAAGACAAGGAUGGCAGGAUCAAAGAAGAAAACCACAAGCUCUUAAAUGGGAGUUCUGGAGACCCUACAGAUAGGAGGCAGAGAACUCAGGUAAACGGCAAGACUCUGGAAGAUGGCAAUACGUUUCAAGCUGACUUUGCAACGAAUGGCUCAUAGAUAGAGGGACUGCUUCUACACAAAUGAAACGGCGAGGACCCAACCUUCAAUUACAAGAUUCUGUUACUUGAUCAACCACUUAAUUUAUAAAAUAGAAACCUAAUUUGUAUUCACUGGAAUAGUGGCUCGACUAUUGUGUCAUUUCAGUUUAUGUAAAUAUGUUCAACAGUUUCUCCAUGAUAUGGUUGCAUUCUCUAUGGAAUAAUAAAUGUUAUCGCAAA